AUGGCAGACCCUGAGGUGGCUGGAAGCAGCUGCAGCCCUCACCAGGAUGAAAGUCACUGCACUUUUCACCAGAGCUCGUCCCCCCGUGAAGAGCUUCUCUUAGAAGACCAGAUGAGGCGGAAACUCAAAUUCUUUUUUAUGAAUCCUUGUGAGAAGUUUUGGGCUCGGGGUAGGAAGCCAUGGAAACUCGCCAUACAAAUUCUGAAAAUCGCAAUGGUGACUGUUCAGCUGGUCCUGUUUGGACUGAGUAACCAGAUGGUAGUAGCUUUCAAGGAAGAGAACACCAUAGCCUUCAAACACCUCUUUCUGAAAGGAUACAUGGACCGGAUGGAUGAUACAUACGCAGUGUACACUCAAAACGAUGUGUACGACCAAAUCAUCUUUGCGGUGGGCCAGUACUUGCAACUUCGCAACAUCUCUGUUGGCAACCAUGCUUACGAGAACAAGGGGACGCAGCAGUCGGCUAUGGCCAUCUGUCAGCACUUCUACAAGCGAGGAACCAUCUGCCCCGGGAAUGACACCUUUGACAUUGAUCCAGAAAUUGAAACAGAAUGUUUCCUUAUAGAGCCAGAUGAACCUUUUGACAUCAGAACACUUGGAGAAAAUAAACUUAACCUGACCCUGGACUUCCACAGACUCCUGACGGUGGAACUUCAGUUUAAGCUGAAAGCUAUCAAUCUGCAGACAGUUCGCCACCAGGAACUUCCUGACUGUUACGACUUUACUCUGACUAUAACAUUUGACAACAAGGCUCACAGUGGAAGAAUCAAAAUAAGUUUAGAUAAUGACAUUUCUAUCAGAGAAUGCAAAGACUGGCACGUAUCUGGAUCAAUUCAGAAGAACACCCACUAUAUGAUGAUCUUUGACGCCUUCGUCAUCCUGACCUGCUUGUCCUCACUGGUGCUCUGUGCCCGCUCUGUGAUUAGAGGCAUUCAGCUGCAGCAGGAGUUUGUCAAUUUCUUCCUUCUCCACUAUAAGAAGGAAGUUUCCACCUCUGAUCAAAUGGAGUUCAUUAAUGGAUGGUACAUUAUGAUUAUCAUCAGUGACAUACUGACCAUCGUUGGAUCAAUUCUGAAAAUGGAAAUCCAAGCCAAGAGUCUCACAAGCUACGAUCUCUGUAGCAUAUUUCUUGGGACUUCAACCAUGCUCGUGUGGCUCGGCGUCAUCCGAUACCUGGGUUUCUUUGCAAAGUACAAUCUCCUUAUUCUGACCCUGCAGGCAGCGCUGCCCAACGUCAUCAGGUUCUGUUGCUGUGCCGCUAUGAUCUAUCUAGGCUACUGCUUUUGUGGAUGGAUUGUCCUGGGCCCUUACCACGACAAGUUCCGUUCUCUGAACAGGGUCUCCGAGUGCCUUUUCUCUCUGAUAAAUGGAGACGAUAUGUUUUCCACGUUUGCAAAAAUGCAGCAGAAAAGUUACCUGGUGUGGCUGUUCAGCCGAAUCUACCUCUACUCCUUCAUCAGCCUCUUCAUAUACAUGAUUCUCAGCCUUUUCAUUGCGCUGAUCACAGACACGUAUGAAACAAUUAAGCACUACCAGCAAAAUGGCUUUCCAGAAACAGAGCUUCGAAAGUUUAUCGCAGACUGCAAAGACCUCCCCAGCUCUGGAAAAUACAGAUUAGAAGAUGACCCUCCAGCAUCUUUAUUCUGCUGCUGCAAUAAGUAACCAUUGGGUUUCUCUGUGCUCAUAGAGGAAAACAGAGUACGUGGCUGAGUCAGAGACAGUGUGGAUAAUUUGUGAUCACGCAGCAGUAUGUUCAGAGGCUAGUAUUCUGAACUAACUCACAACUAUGACUUAGCAAAACCUGUUUCUAUUUUUAAAAAUAUUUAGUGGCUUUGCUGCUUACAUUAGCAUUUUAAAAAAUAACUGAUUUGGUGAGGGAGCUGCCGGAUCAUUGCUUCGUCUCAGCUGCUGUAGCUCUCGCGUGGGUUCUCUAGGCCCCCUUUUGCCUUACAGUGUGGCUUGUACCUGCACUGGAAAGUGAGCUCCAGUCUCUCAGUGCCCGUGGAUGACCCAGUGUCCCUCUCUGAGAGUUGAGAUCAUCAUUACACAUCUGACGUCACUGGUCUUAGAGUCUCCCCUUAAAAGAAGACAGAACAAGAGAGAGGCCUCCAGCGUAGCUGACAGUGCAGUGCCUGGCUCUUAGAGACAGCCAUUUUAUGAUGCUCAUAUUCAUUGAGAAGCUUUCUCUGCCUUUCAGUGUUAAGGUACAAGUCCAAGAAAGUCUAGACAUGAAGAAAGUUAAGUGUGUGCCAAGGGGGUAUGUGAUCAAGCAGUGAUGGUUUUAUUGUCAUCCAAGGAGUGUGGAGGAAUCUAGUGAUAUGCCGUGCCUUCCAAAGGCCUGUCAGUCUCAGCAAAGCCACGUGGGGUCAGGAUCUGUGGCUUUAUGGACUGCAGUUCUAGAACCCAUGCUCAAACUUUUUAAAAAUGAAUAUAUGUAGCUUGAAAAGACACUAAAUUAGGCUGUACACUUUGUAGUCUACUGAUGGGCAAGUAUGGGGAUUUUUGUGGUAUAAUAUUCAUUUUGUGUACUAUUUAUCCAUGUCAACAUUAAUUCAGUUAUGUAUAAAACGACUUUAUAAAAGCAUUAAAAUUUUAACAUUUUAAUGUUGCACUAGAGACAUAAUGAAAA